GUUCCGGUUAUGGUUCCAGUUCGGUCCGACGACCGACCCGACGCUUCCUUUUCUUCUUUCCCCUUUCUCUUCGAGGCUUUUCGAGGCUUCGAGCCCAGCCCCAAACAACAACCUAAACAAGGAAGAAAUCAUCGGCGGCGGCGGCGAUGGUGUGCACAAAGUGCGAGAAGAAGCUGGGGAAGGUGAUCGUGCCGGACAAGUGGAAGGAGGGCGCCAGCAACACCUUCGAGGGCGGCGGCCGCAAGAUCAACGAGAACAAGCUCCUCUCCAAGAAGAACAGGUGGUCUCCAUAUGGAAACACUAAAUGUGUAAUUUGCAAGCAACAGAUGCACCAGGACGGAAAAUACUGCCACACCUGUGCUUACUCAAAAGGGGUGUGUGCAAUGUGCGGGAAGCAAGUGCUGGACACGAAGCUGUACAAGCAGAGCAACGUGUGAUGCCAUGCACGCUUAUAAGCCAUCAAUGAUCCCGCUCCUAAGCCAUCAAGGAUAAUCUUGUAGCGACCUGUCUAUGUUUAACUUGUAAGAUCAUGUGCUCGUGAUAUAGCUGUGGCUGAAUAGUUCUGCGUUAAGGGAAAAAACAUCUACUCGUUCUAACAAUUCUGUAACAUUUGUCGUUGCUCUGAAAUUUCAACUCCAAGCAGUUAUAUGCCACAGCAAUGGUAUUAGUUGCAAUUUCAGAUUUAAGGGUU